CUCGGAGUCAGCGUGGGAGCAGCAGCGCGGGCAGAGGGGCAGGCGCGCUCCGCGUCCCUGCAGCCCGAGCUGGGCGCAGCGAGCCGAGAACACGUGACUGUAUUCUUUCCCCAUUUUGGGAAGCCCUGCUCACCACACCACUACACUGUACAUCUGGGUCCUUUGAUGGAUGAAGACGGUGAAGUAACUCAACCCCAAGAGCAGAGCUGCUGGGCCACUCUGCCAGAUGUGUGCCUGCAACGUGUUUUCUGGUGGCUGGGAGACAGGGACAGGUUUAGAGCUGCCCUGGUCUGCAGAAAGUGGAACCACAUUAUGUACUCAGCUGACCUCUGGCGAUACAGGACCAUCACAUUCAGUGGAAGGCCAUCCAGGGUACACGCACCUGAAUUCGAGUCGGCACUGUGGUACAUUAAGAAAUUUGGCCGAUACCUGGAACGCUUGGAAAUCAAGUUCCUGAACCCUUACAAUGCUGUCUUGACCAAAAAGUUCCAGGUCACCAUGCGAGGCCUCCUGUCGUGCCUGGGCAAGAGUAACAACCGCCUGCGGUCACUCUCUAUCCAACACCUGGAGCUGGAUCGGCUGGUCUGGAGAAAUAGCAUUAGAGGUUCACUCAUCAAGAGCCUGAGUUUCUUCUUAAAGAAAAUGGGCAAACACCUGGACCAUCUCAGUCUGAAAGGAGCCCGGCUGACAGUGGAGCAAGGCUGCCACAUCCUCAACUCCCUGAGCUAUAUGCGGAAUGAGAACUUGGCCUCAGAGCUCAACAUUGAAGACUUCUUCAGCCAUCACCUGGCUGUCUAUGGCAGCUCCCAGUUCAACAAGGCCAUGGCCACCUUCCACAACUUAACAUUCCUAACACUCAACUACAACUGUAUCUCCGACGAGCUGCUCGAGACCUUGAGUGAGAACGCCGGGACCCUCCGGACCAUGAACAUCAAAUGCCAUGUUCAUGACCCUCAUGGUCAGGUAGUCUGGGGUAUGUCCUGGGCCAAGCUAGCCAGGCAGGCCAGCAACCUGAAGGUGAACUUCUUCUUUGAGCGGGUGAUGAAAUACGAAUGCCUGGCCCGGAUCUUGCUGCAGGAGAUUCCAGUCAGGAGCAUCAGCCUGAGGAGCUGCUACUUCAGUGACCCGGACUGGUCCAUGCGGCCCACUCUGACAGACCUCCUGCCCACCUUCCGGAACACCCUGCAGAAGUUAACGUUCGAGUUCAACAAUAAUCACGAGUCUCUAGACGAGCAGCUGCAUCUCCUCAUCCUGGCCUGUCGGAAGGUGUUUUACUUCAAAAUCUGGGCUUUCCUGGACGUUAAGUUUGUGGAGCGGAUCCUGAAGAGCCAGGAGGAAGGACAGUGCUCCCUGCGUACACUGAAGGUGAGAAUUUAUACAAACCGAUACGAGACAAAUGAAGAGGACAGGACCCUACGGGAAAUUUACAGGAAAUACAGAAAGCUGAUCGAUUCAGAACUUAACUAUUUUGUCAUCGCCUACCCCAUGAUGUAAAGAGCGCUCUCCAGAGGAAGACAUCUAGAUGCACUUUGAACCUGAAAACCUGGUUCUCAGUGGAUUAGAUUUGGGGCUCUCAUACCCUCAUCCCUCUUUCUUCUCUCUUCUUUAGCCAGUUCCACACCAUCCUGACCAGCCUUGUGAAGGCUGGGCUGGUGGUGAUGGCAAGGCUCCAAGCAUCUUUAAAGUGCUAUCUUUACCAUCA